CGAGGAGGAUGGAUUCAUUCAUAAGACAAGAUCUGCUACUGUGCACCGUAAGACAACGAACUCCCGUGAACGGACUUUAUGGAUGUAUAAUCGCACGUUUGACCGGGAGAUCACUCCGAGGAUUUAACGCUAAACGGGAGGACUUCUUCACAACUGGGACACUUUCCCCCCGUAAACGCGGGGAACUGGAUUAAAGCUUCUUCAUGCAACUUUUUUGGAAAGACACCAGGAGCAUCUCACCAGGGAAUAACAAAAAGCUCAUCAAGGUACCUCUCCUUUAGUAACCUUCUUGUGUGUGCCGCUGUCCCGCCGCUGCAGGUGACACCGCGCUCUCACCGGUAACUGCAGGUGUCGCGUUCCCUCUCGAUCCCUGCGGGGAGAUGUACCAAGGGUUCCCCGGCGACCCCGACAGCGGAUCCCGUGGAAGCUCGUCUCCAUCCAUUGAGUCCCAGUACCUUUCCUCCGUGGACUCCUUCGGGAGCCCGCCGACCACCAGUGCUCCACAGGAGUGUGCGUCAGCAGGCGCUGGCUUGAGCAUUGUGGGCAGCGGGCCAGGGACCAGUGCUGGAGGUGAGAUGCCCGGUUCAUUCGUGCCCACCGUCACCGCCAUAACCACCAGCCAGGACCUGCAGUGGAUGGUACAGCCGACCCUCAUCUCCUCCCAGGCCUCUGGACAGAGUGGCUCCACUGGCACCACGACCAUGACCCAGCCGGUGUCACUGGUUGACCCAUAUGACAUGCCAGGCCCCAGUUAUUCUUCUGGGUCUGGGUUCACUCCUUCGAGUUCAGAAACUCCAGGGCCUGCACCAGGCCCCAUCCGCCAGUCCAGAACCCGCAGCCGCCGUACACGAGACGAGUCUGUGAGUGACGAUGGAGAUGUUGGUGUGUUACUAACACCUGAAGAGGAGGAAAAGAGGCGUGUUCGUCGAGAGAGAAACAAGCUGGCUGCUGCCAAAUGCAGAAACCGCAGACGGGAACUCACAGACAGACUGCAGUCGGAGACGGACAUUCUGGAGGAGGAAAAGGCAGAGCUGGAGGCCGAGAUCUCAGAGCUGCAGAAGGAGAAAGAGCGCCUGGAGUUUGUCCUGGUGGCCCACCAGCCAAACUGUAAGAUCCCCUACCAGGACCAGCCUCAGCAGGCCUCAGGGCAGCUCCCUCCAGUGCAGGCCCAGCUCCCUCCCCAGACCUUACAACCUCCUGUCUCCAUUGUGGGCUUGACUGUGAAGGAAGACUCUUUCUAUCUGCCUCCUGCCUACACAGCCCACCCGGCCUCCACACAGUCCCAGCCUCCGGUUCAGCAGCAGCAAGUCCAGCCGCAGCCUCAGCCCGGAUUAAUGCAGGAGGUAGAGUUUUCUAGUUCUUUCUAUGGCUCAAGUGAGCCAGCACCUGGUGGGCCAUGCCUUAUGGCCAGCGACAGUGGUGGUGGUGUUAACCAUGACGAUGUGGCCAUUGGCAGCUACAACACCUCAUACACAUCUUCAUUUGUGUUCACCUACCCAGAGGGAGCCUGCGGGGUCAGUGCCAACCAGCGGAACAGCAGUAGCGAGCAGUCAUCUGAUUCCCUGAACUCGCCUUCUCUGCUGGCGCUCUGACUGACCGACAGAUACACGCCUUCACAUAUUAACACGCACACACAUUAUGCUCGCUGGAAGUAGAGCGUCAGACAUGUACAUGCACAGAGCCAAUCAGUCUCACAGAUUGAGAUGAAAACCACCAAUCGUCUGUAUCUGAUUGGGUUAAAGUUUACACAUUAAGAAAUGCAUUCCAAUUAAGAGCCAUACAAAUAGUUGCACAUUAGAUCUAACCUUUAACACAGAGCCUAAACAUGAAUCAAUUCUUGUUUUGUAUUUAACCACAAUAUUUGUAACUGGACACGUUAAGCGUUUAAAAGCCAAGUCCAUGUUGCCAAUCCUAAGUGCUCUGAAUUAACAGAUUAAUUCACAAUGAAUUCUCACAUUGUCAUACUCUCAUUGAGUAAUACACAACACGCUCACUCCAACUAGCACAAGUGCCCCCACCUAGUUCCCUCUGUCGGUUGCCCCUCUUCCAGUGCUCUUGCUCUCAUCCUUUUCCAUCCUUCUCCCUUUUUCCUCUCGCUGAUUGUAUUUGUGCAAAUCUGAACUAGGGACAAAGGACACGUUGUUCAGGGUCUUUUCUUGUGGGAGACAGACAGCUGUUGUCUCCUUCACCUCUAACUCUUCAUCCGCUCGGCUUCCCUGUGCUUCUUCAUUUGCUGCUUGGACUUGGCAAGUUGGGGAUCUGAGUAUCACCGCCUCCACUAAAACUUGUGCUUUCUUCUCUCGUUUUUUAAAUUCUUCUGCCGUCUGCCUACCUGCCAUGCGACCCAUCUCUACCCAUCUCUGUUUUCUCCUCUUCUGUCUCUAUGUUUGUCCUUCUCUCUGAAGUCCUCGACCCCUGAGAGCCCGAAGACCCCCGAGAGCCCUUGGGACCUUGAGUGAAAGCCAGCCCAACUAACAUGCCCCUUUGCACCCUGUCACACAAGGACAUGGACGCAUCACACGCAAACAGAAGAACCUUUACUUGGAGCGCACUGCUCAAAUUCUUACAGUGAACAGCAGCUACAUACGUUCAACACGCACAUAGACGCAAAAUCGAUGAACACAAAAUGCAAGAUGGAUGCCACUGUCUUCUGCUGAGCCAUUUUUCAUGUUGUUCACACAGUGAAGAUUAGACAUCUGUUGUGAGGCUGGUUAAAAGUGAGGAUGGAGAGAAUUAGCAGGAAUUGAAGAAGGAAUCGCAAUGAACCAGGACAGACGCUGAGAGAGUCGGGAUAAAGGAUGACUCCCAUCGUAACCAUCGACUUUUGCAACAAAAAGUUGAAAAAAAAGGAAGAGCCAAAUGUUAAAAACAAAGCAAAGAAAAAAAACUUAUGCUCUUGCCAACUGUGUGGAAGGGUGACCUCAGUAAAAACACCUCCACACCAGAGAGCCUCAUCACCCUCGGCCUACAUGCGUACAUUCACACCAUCGCUUUCAAGUGUCUGAACUGAAGAUACAGACAUUUUGUUGCAGAGCACCAGCUCUGAGUCUUGCUCAGAAUCAAUCAGAUGUGAACCGAUGCCUUUAUUCAGAGGAGAGACGUUUUUUUGUAGUGAUUUAGACAACCUCUAAACAUUUGGGCUCAGCGGUCUCUGUACCUCCCUUGUUCUCUCAGCGGAGAGGAAGUGGGGGUGCGUUUAUUGUGAGUGCGUCCACUCUGAGGCACCUGGCCCGUUUCUUUCUUUCUUUAUUGAGGUUAAUGAGGCGAGUGAGCACAAAGCAAGACCUGCGAAACAAAAGGGGAGGUCAUGUGGGCUGAUGUUGUAAGUGAGCGUCCUUUCUUCGCCUGUGAAUUUGUAAAAUUUGUUUUCCCUGUAUGUUUGGAUGAAAACCGUUAUAUAUUUUAAUGUUUAUGUUUGUUUGUGUGUUUCAUUGUUUUGCAUUGACCUCUGCUUUCUCUUGUACUGUUGCCGUUUCUUGUUUUUCUUUUUUGUUUUGUUUUAAUCGGGAGAUUUCCACAUAACUGUUACUAUUAUUAUUGCUUUGUAGCUAUUGUUUCAUUAUUUUAUUGUAUUUUCAUUUGGCAACUUCAGAGGCAUGUUGUGCACUACAAAAAAAUCUAAUUAUAAGUCUAUAUACAUACAUAUAUACAGGUAACAUGUAUAUAUAAGUGUAUGUACCAUGAUUGUAAAGUAUGAAUGUCUGCAGAUCUAAAUGGGAUAUUUUUGUCAAUGAAGAACAAGAUAAAAAGUUAAAAUGAAUAUUUUUCUAAAGGAACAACAAAAAAAAAACUAUAAUAAAUUUAAAGUACUGCCCUGUCCUUUAACAUGAAGCACGAUGUCACUGCCUCUGUCAAUGUGUAUUUAUGUUUUAUAAACAAUAUAAGGCACUAUCCAAGUUACAUUAAAUGUAUGUUUAUAAUGAUGAUGUUUAGAAGGUUGUGGUAACACCUUUGUUUUGUUUGUUUUUUUCUCUGUGAGGUCUGUCCCAAAGCUACUGACACCUUUAUGCCACUUAUCCUUAAAACUAGUGUGAUUGAAUGUCCAGUAUAACCUGUCCAGUACCAUUCAAUAACAUUGAUAUUUACAGAAAUAUGUGUUUGAAGGAUAACCACAGUUUUAGCCUUGAUUGAUUGAAUUUAUCAUGUUAUGGUGGUGAAUCCAUUCAUGUAUUCAAGGAAAUAUGUUGUCUAACUGACAUUAAAAAAAAAUCUUGUGAUUGUAUUUGCUGGAUAAGAAGCUUUAUUUUCAACAAAUAAACAUGUUUAAUCAAAACGAUGGCUAGAUUAAUGGCAUAAAUGUUUGUUCAAACGUGGCUCUUGGUGGUCAGAAAAUGGGCAGACCUCAUUUUUUUAAAAUGUUGAAUUUAAAAGGACUGUGUUUGUACAGAUGUUGGAGAUGCCUUUUGAUUUCUCUCCAAAUGCAAAUGUGAUGAGAAUAUGUUCUGGUGUCAGAAUAAGCAUAAAACAUAUUCAAUAGUUCUCAUGUAUAUAGGUUUUUGUGGUGCUACUUAUAUUACAAUGAUGAGGCAGUUUCACGUUGAAUGGUCGAAGGUUACACAUUGCCACUGCUGAGGCUCCAGACGAAUGAAAACACUGCUGGUCUCAUCAGGGUGUUUUAUUCUAUAUGGAAGCCAAUAACAGUAAAUUUCCAGCAGCUGAAGCUCUGAGAGCUCAGUAAUCACUCUGUGUUUUCACCGUGGUUUAAUAUCAAUCCCCUGCUACAUCUGUAAGUGUGAUAAACAGAUCUCAAAGGGCCCUUGUACUGUACCUGCACUCCACACUUACGCCCCUGAUCACCACACAACACAUUUCUCUCAUCUAAUUUCUUUGCUUUGGAUUUAAAUGAAAUUGUAGAGUUUGCUUUAUAUAUUUGUAAGGAUACAAUCACAAAUGGGUUGCUAGGUGGAAAAGGUGACACAGAAGGUAAAGAUGAAAUACUCAGAUACUAGUUAUAAGACAGAGAAUCUGCCUGCACCUACCUGUACUGUACAACAGCUAUGAUAGCGUAAACUGAACAAGAGCUUUCUUAUUUUUCUAUAAUGAGGUGAAUGUUGUUAUGUAUUUCUAUUUUUCCACAAUUCCCACAUGCACUCUGAUUUCAUAUUGUCCCUGCUAUGAAAUGCAAUACUUAUUAUCCUCUUGGAUGAACAUAAUGUAGCAAACCAUGCAGUGAUCAAACUGACUGCUACUAUAUGUCAAGUGUGAUGAUGUAUUGCUUUAAUUAUCAACUUUUGUUACAGUAUUAAACGUUAUCCUUAAUAUUUGAAGUAACUUUUGAUUUUGAGACAAUCUUCAUGAAGAAAUGUAUCUAAAAAAAUAGAUCUUAUUUCAUUUACUGAAGAUGCAUAGAAACUAGUAAGGCUCCUCCAUUUCAGAAGGUCUUUUUUUUGGUUACAGUCCAUUUCUUUCAUCAACGUUUCAUAAUUUUUGACUCCUGUGUCUUUUUAUGGGAGCAAUGAUCACCAUUUUGCAACAUUUGAAACACAUGAGAUACAUGAUAGAUAGACAGACAUGAACACUUACACAAAUGAAAGGCCCAAAGAAAUUAAAUGAAAGAUGUCAUUUAGGGCACAUGGAUAGUUACAUACUUUGCUAAUGAAGGUGCUCUGAUGUGAAAUUCUCUAUUUUUCAGUGAAAAUAAGUUAAUGUGACUGAUUUGUUUUCUGCAUAUCAGUAUAAAGUACUGUUUACUUAUUUUUAUAAUUUCAUACUCAUUUGUUUCUAAUCUUGAAGAGGACCAAAGUGUAUGACAUAUCUACCAUGUUGCUUUUGCAGUCCCUGCUCUCUGUUCUGUGUCCAUAUUUCAGCUUCUGGCCCUUUUUGCUGACCUAUAAAGUUUACAUGAUCAAGGUUUUUCCUCACUUCCUAGACUGCAAAAGCUGGGUGAGCUGUCUCCUUUACUGAUGGUUUGACCAAUGCCAUUUAUUUCCAAUUUGUGAAGAAUUACAUAAAUAAACAGCAUAUUAUAAGGUACAUGCCUCUCGCUUUUAAAUGA